CCAUCUAGAACGUUCACAACGGCUUGAUAUGAAAAAGACUACCACUGUACGCAUUUUGUUGCUGUAGUCGCCCGCGCAAGUAUGUUCUCUGCAGGCGAAACCAUACAUACUUCAACUCAAGAACUCUAAAGGGCGUUUUUGCAUUGAAAUGAAGGCAUUCGAUGGAGCCUGGUGUCUGCCGUGUGUGCUUCUGCUUUGUUCAUGCGACUCGGACAUAAAGUCUGCGACUCUUCCAGGUCAUCUAAAGCCACUAGGGUCGCAGGGCCCCGCUCUUGCAGUCGAGGAAAUGUUGAAUUUUCCGAAUGGUCGAACUUUUCAUCGGUACACUAAAGAGUCUCAACCGUUCGUAGUAAAAGGGGGAUGUAAGGACUCUCUAGCUUAUGAUCGCUGGACCGACGAGUACCUGCGAUCAAAAGAGGGCGUGAACAGAGAGAUUGUGACAGUAGAGUUUGGGAAGACGGAGAUUCGGACGGAAGGUAGGAGAUACUACACAAUGAAGGAAUUUCUGAAGGUUUACAAGAUAAAGGAUAUCAAUUUGGUAACUGCAGUGCCGAAGUACAUUAGGCAAGAUGUCUUAUUGCCUUACUCUUUAAGUUGUGGUGGAUAUCAAACUCAAUUAGUUGACGCUGUGAUGUUGUUCAGUAGUGGAGAUACUAAAUCUCUUCUUCAUCAAGAUGAUGCUGACAGCAUUCGCUGCUUAUUUGCUGGAACUAACGAUAUCUAUUUAAUUGAAUAUCCAAAAUACAAAGACAAGGUAGUCUUGGAUCAUAGAAUGAGUGGCUAUUCAUCUGUAGACACAGACAGUGUGGAUUUGGUAAGGUAUUUGGGCUUAAAGGAGGUAGAGUUCUACUAUGUGCAAAUGAAGGCUGGGGACUGUGUGUACAUCCCUUAUAAAUGGUAUCACUAUGUACGCUCAUAUGAUCGUAAUAUUGCAGUGAAUGUUUGUUGGUCACCAUUGAUUGAAUUCAAUGUGUCGGAUUGCAAUUAUUCGUAUACUAGUGGUGAUCAUACAAUCGAAAAGUAUCACUUUCAGGCAUUUCAUGAAAAUUUUCAUGGAGAUAAGGACAAGAUGGGAGAGCAAUUUUUACGACCAGCAGAUAUGAGACACUAUUUUCGUGAUCUUGUUCAAGAGGACAAAGCGUUUACACUUGAUGAGCUUACUUUGAAGUUACAAAACAGGAAAGAAAUCCUGACAAGAGCGAUCUACUUGGUAAGAGACAUGAGUGUUUUGGUUCGAAAGAUGUUUGAUAUAUUGGAUUUCGAUGGCGACAAUUUAGUAACUACAUCAGAUAUAGAUAGAUUGGACCAGGAGGCUUCAGACACACUAUCAGGUAUUGUAGAUGACUUGGAAGACUUACUAGAUGAUCAGAUGGUCAAAAUUGGUCCUAAUGAUACUGGAGACAGAUCUGUAGCUGUGGAUGAUGAUAUUCCAAACUGCACAGAGAGAGAUGAACUGUAAUCAUGAACUUUGCAAAUCUUAUUGAUACCGGAGAAGUAACAUAGUACAUCAGAUAUUAUAUAUGUAAUUGUAUUGAGAUUUGGAUUUGGUCAUUUGCUUUCUUCUGUCUCUAUGUUAUUUAUGUUACAUUUGUUUUGAAAGAUAUUGUUGCUGUACAAAGACAGUACACUUGAGCACAUGAAAAAGUAAUAGGCACUCACCAACGUCCCUUGCCAAUGUCAAACUGACUUCUGUCCACUGACUGCAUGGCUGGUUGAAACAAUUAAUUCAUAUUAGAAUGAAAGGGAGCACUAAGACGACCGUAUUACUCUACACUACUCCCUCCCCACAAAAGUCCGUCCCGGACUACUAUAGUACUAAGUGUCUGAGUCUGAAGUGGAUAGUUGAGCAUAGUCCUCCAGCCAGCGUGGCCGCUGACGAGUUCGUCGCGAAAGAGUGGAGGUCGAUUCUUCUGUGGUGGUAGGUAGGGCGUCACCCUCAUCGUCUGAUGGAGCUGGGGUACAGUUGGAGGAUGUAGAGGCGUCAUCUGGCUGGAGCUGUAGGUGUGAGUCACGGUCGACAAAAGGUUUCAGCCGGUUGUAGUGCACCGUGAAGGACCUUCGCCCGCCGUUGGCCAGUCGAAUUACGUAGUUGACUGGAGAUGAUCGCCGGACGAUAACAUACGGUCCAGACCAAGAAAAGGAAAGGCACUUGGCGUGGCCCCGACGAAGCUGUGGGCGGCGGAGAAGUACC